GUCUUCUUGAGCUGUCCUUGGGAAAAUUCAGAAAUGUGCUACUUAACCAGACCAAUCCAGUGGAAGCUGUAAUCAGGAACAUUGCAAGCAACGUGACUGUUGUUAUUUUUCAAGUACAUGCCCAGCAAAGCGAUGUAGUGAUAUCCUUUGAUAAGAAUCCAUCUGUGAACAGCUCAGGAACUGGAGUAGACAAAGGACUGGUUUCCAUCCUUCGGCCUCAGCAGACUGUAUGUACGUGGUACCUUCGGUCUCUGGAUGCUAGCCAGGUGCUCAGCACAGCUAUCUCUAUUCCCUACAUGGAGAAAGAUCCUAUUCCUGGAGGCUGCAAUCUAGAGUUUGACUUGGAAGUGGAUCCAAAUAUUUACCUAGACUAUACAUUGGUUGAUAUACACAUCAAGUUUGCCCCUGCAAACUUGGGAUAUAACAGAGGAGCAAACCCACCAUCCUGCGAUUCAGGGACGGGUCAGAACUCCAGGUGGCGGCUGCGCUAUGAUGUCUACCAGUACUUCUUACCAGAGAAUGAUCUUUCUGAGAUGGUGCUCAUGAGCCACAUACGAAAGAUGUCUGAGGUGCGAAGUAUCAAAGCCAAUGGCAUUAAAAUGCUUACGCUGACAACUGAUGACAAGACCAAUGUCUACUUUUCCUCACUUCCUGGUCAAGGUGUGAUCUACAACAUCAUAGUAUGGGAUCCUCUUUGGAAUACUUCUGCUGCAUACAUACCUGUGCAUACAUAUGCCUGCAGCUUUGCUGACCUGGUGGAUAACUGCUCUUCUCUUAGUAAACUCUCUACCAAAGUAUUCUUUACUGCUUUUGCUGUUCUUGGUCUUUUCACUUGCUUUUUUGGACACAGAUUCUGGAAAACAGACUUAUUCUUCAUGGGCUUCAUAUUCACAGCAUUCUUCUUCUUUGUAUUCAUCACACGGGUAACUGGCCUUGGUUAUGAUGUGCGUCUGAUUUUGACAGCAGUAGCUGGAAUUACCGGAGGGCUCCUCUUGGUUGUGAGCUGGUGGAGAUUUGGCUCGAUUUUACUCUGUAUGUUUAUUAUUGGACUUGUGCUGGGAUUUCUCUUUUCAUCAACAGUCUUCUUUACCCCACUAGGAGACUACAGGGUCUUCCGUGACGAUGUGGUGUUCUGGGUGACCUUUUCUUCUGUAGCCUUGAUGAUUCCAGUGCUUUUUGUUGGCUGUCCAAGAAUUCUGAACAUACUGGCCUCUGGAAUAGUAGGCUCUUAUGCAGUGAUCCUAGCCAUCGCUUGUUAUGUCUACACAAGCCUCGCUUACAUCACCUUAGACCUACUUAGAAGAGUCCUCAAUGAUUACUUCAGCAGAGCUUAUACCAAUGUGCCUUUUCAAACAAAUGACUUCAUUAUUCUGUCAGUGUGGACAAUGCUGGCUCUCAGCGGAGUAACUGUGCAGCUUCGCCGAGAGAGAAGUGAAGUGCCCUUCCCACCGCACCCCUAUCUUGCCUGGAAGCGGGAAAGGGAGCGCAGAAGCACCAAUGUCUUAGACCCUAGCCAUCAUAUCCCUCCUCUGAGAGAGAGGAUCCAUAACAAGCUACUGCAUAUCAAAGAGUUCUUCCAGAAAGAGCAGCCAGCUGGGGAGAGAACUCCGUUGCUUCUGUAACUUGCCAAAUAACUAGUGGGAACAGAGAGGAGGAAUCUAGGAAUGGCAAGAUGAGUGACCACCAGCAAACCAGGCAGUGGUGCAGGAUUUACCACUGCCAGUUUGCUUAAUUUAAAGAGGAUCAUAUUUGCCCAACCUGGAAGAAAAGUUACCUGUCAGUACACUACAUGCUGUUUUGUGACUGUUUCCUCAAUGGCCCACUCAGCCUGCUGUAAUGUGUGUGUCUAGCUGCAGAAUCUUGUACUAACAGUCAAGUACAGGUAUUUAUCUUGUGGUGAUCUAGUUUGAUGUUUAGGUAUGGGAAAUGCAAACCAACCCUUAGAAAGCAACUGGUACAAUUUUGGUUCUCUUGCAGUGUGGAAACCACUGCUGAAAUACUGCCUGACUUGCUCCUUAAAGUGGGCAGUCUCUCAAAUUGUGAGGGAUGAAAGAUGAGGACCAUACACAGAAGUUCUUCUAGCAGGAACUGAAGUUUCACCACCUAAUACAGGUACAGAAUGUGUGGCUGUAGACACAGUUGUUUCCAAGAAGUGUUACUGAACUUUGCUAGCUAAACUAAGUGACUUGAAUUUAAGCUGCACUGAAUUAACUGUUGUAAGUGUGCACACUGGCGCUCAGGAAGUGGACCUGAUCUGAGACAAGAAGACUUUCUCUUUCUUUCGGCUGGUUCUGUAGCAAGCUGGUCAUCUGGUCUCUG